AUGAAGACACAAUAUAUUUUUUUAGUUAUAUAUACAAUUUCACUUGUAAGCAUUGCAAGUUUAGUAAAUAAUUUUGUUCGGGGACCUUAUAUGGAUGAAAUAUUUCAUAUUCCACAAGCGCAACAAUACUGUAAAGGAAAAUACGAUGAAUGGAAUCCAAAAUUGACAACACCACCAGGAUUAAAUUUAUUAUCAUUUAACGCGUUAACGUUAAGUUUAUUUCCUGUCGGAUGGUUUUUCAAUUUUUUAUAUUAUACUGAUUCUGGAUCAACUUUUUUUGUGUUAUGGAGUUAUUUGUUAUCUACCGAAAAAAAAUAUUGGAUGAGUGCAUUAGUUGGAGGUAUAAGCGUUUUAUUUAGACAAUCAAACAUCAUCUGGAAUUGUUUUAUUUUGGGUACUUCUUUAUUAGCAGUGUUAUCCGAUAGUAAUUACGAUUCAAAAAUCAAUGGAAGAAUGUCUUAUUAUAGAGGAAUUAAUAUUAGAUCAGAUAUUGCAAUUAAAGAAAUAAAGGAUUUCUUAAUAUUAACUUUAAAAAAUUCUCCAAUACUUUUUACAAUAUUCUUUCCUUAUUUUUUAAUCUUUUCAAGUUUUAUCGCUUUCCUUAUAUGGAAUGGUGGAAUUGUAUUAGGGGAUAAAUCAAAUCACACAGCGGUUUUACAUAUACCACAAAUAUUUUAUUUCAUUUCUUUUACCACAAUAUUUUCAGCACCAAUUAUAUUAAAGGUUGAUUAUGUUGAUAGAUUAAUAACCG